UCUGUGCUGCACCCAGGCAGGAGGAGGAGGCCUGUCGGUGUCACUCCGUGGGGUUGGAGGACAGUUGUCUCUUCCACGUCUCUCGCAUCACGGCACUCAAGCUCCAGGCUGGGGGUCUGAUGGGUGCAGCUCCCCCCCCGUGCCUGCUCCCUGUCACUCUGCCUACGGCUGGGGACAGCAGCUGGGUGAUGGGGAUGCUGCUGCCCCACCAGCCGAUGGGGCUGGGGCUGUGGGCCCUGCCCCCGGGGCAGCCCCUCUAUUCCACGGGCUCCUGCGUGCUCCACAUCCCUGCCCGCCCUGGACUGCUGCCACCCUGCUGCCCCACGGCUCAGCAAUGGGUGCAGGGCAGCCCUGUGCUCCACACUCUGCCCGGCAGAACCCAGAAGCUGUCAGAGGCCUCCAACAAGGGUGGGGCAACCAUUGAGAACAGCGACCCCACUGCCAGCCCCCACCAGCCCGCCCUGGCCCUGUUGAACAGCAGAACCACCAUGAAGCCCAAAGCAGCAGUGACUACCCCGGCAGCCCCAGGGAAGCCCGUCGAUCUUCCCGAGCAGGGGCCAGCUGCCUUCGCCGAGGCCUUUCCUUGCAGACAAGUGACACCAACACCAAUGAUUCGCUCGCCUGGCUCAACACUGCAGAUGGCACAGACACUGUCCCUGAUAUCCCUGAUAGCCCCAACUUUGCCUUCCUCCACAAGCUUCCUGACCUCUCUGAGUACGUGGUGA